AUGAACUGUGUGAAUGAGAUGAUUUUUGAUUGCGAGAAGAGUCUAGAGCUUAUUCUUGUAUAUAGCCUACUGUCUAAGAGCAAGGUUAAGGUGUUGGUGAAGAGAAGGCAGAAGAUGGCGAAGUCCUUUGCUAAGCUAUUGCAGAAGAUAUCUCAUGGAACAGCUUAUUCUCUGUCUGAAGGAUAUAUGGCCUUCACACCUGGAUCAUUGAAAGGAGGAGAAGUUGCUAUCCAAUGUGAGGAGGAGAUUUCUCUGUACAUAGAGCCGAUUCUUGUUCUAUGUCCUUUUGUAAUCGAGCCCUUGAAGAUAAAGUUCAAGGGGAUAACAAACGGAAAGCUCUGUACCGAUUUGAUUAGAAUUGCUCACUUUGAUGUGUUGAAGAGAUUUGGAGUCAAGGAAUGUGAGGUUGUCGUUAAGAAGCGAGGCUUUGGGCCUGUGGGAAAGGGAGAGGUUGUGUUUACUGUAGAUAGCCCUGGGAAGAUUUCGACCGUUAGAUUGGAGAGGUUAGAGAAGAUUGUCAAGAUCCGAGGAUUGGUAUUGAGUAGUCGAGUGAGCUCUAUUCCCACCAAGGAGAUGACGGAAAGGAUCAAGGAGCUUAUGGGGGAUGUCUCGAACACAAAGGUUUUUUCGAACAUGUCGAACAGAUUAGACUCGGGGCCCUCUCCUGGGUUCCAAUGUGCUGUUUUCGCGGAAUCGAAGAACGGAAUUUACUAUUCAGUCAUGAGUGGGGAAGGACUGACACCAAAAGAAACGGCGACGAUUGCUUGCAAAGAUCUUCUUCGAAGCAUUAGACAUGGGGGAGUGUUUGAUAAGAAGCUUCUUUACCUUGCUCUCUCCUUGAUGUCUUUGUCAUCCCCAAGUAUAGGAAGUCUAUGGGUUGGAAAGGUUGAUUCGGAUGUAAAGAUUAUUUUAGAUUUGCUGAGGCAAUUCUUUGGGUUUGAAUAUGAGAUUAGGAAGAGUGGUGAAGGGGACGUUGUAUACGGAGCUGGAUGUGGGCUUAGCAGGAUUCCUAGGCAGUUGAAGUGA